GUGUGCCUGUGCUCUUUCUCAGACAUAUAACUCUCACACUGUUGGUUUAUUACUGAAAUAGCAACAAUGACUAGUCUUACUGCCAAGGAUAAGAAAACUGUCAAAGACUUCUGGGAGAAGAUCUCUCCCAAUGCAGCGGCCAUUGGAGCAGAUGCUCUUGGCAGGAUGCUGGUGGUAUAUCCCCAGACCAAGACCUACUUCUCUCAUUGGAAUGACCUGAGCCCUGGCUCUGCCCCAGUGAAAAAACACGGAGCUACAGUGAUGGCUGGAGUUGGUGAGGCUGUGGCUAAAACUGAGAAUCUGACAGCAGGUCUCCUGGACCUCAGCGAGCUGCAUGCCUUCACUCUGAGAGUGGACCCUGCUAAUUUCAAGAUUCUUGCCCACAACAUCCUUGUGGUUCUGGCUAUGAAACAGCCCAACGACUUCACCCCUGAGGUCCAUGUGGCUAUGGACAAAUUUCUGGCUGCUGUUGCUCUUGCUUUGUCUGAAAAGUACAGAUGAACUGCUGAAUUUGGGAAAAAGAGAUGAUCAAUAAACAUGGAUGGAAAAGCACAAAA